AUGUCGGGUGAUGAUAGAGGAAAAUUAGUUGAAAAAUUUUACAUAUUGGAUAAUAGUAAAAGUUUUGAAAAACAGGAUCUCAUAAGUUCAUCAAAUUCAUGUCUUUUAUUCGGCGACGCGAAUGGCGAAUUAAUUGAAUCGAAAAAAAAAGAUAAAUCUUCACUUUUAUCAGCGAGUUUUAAUUACAUCAAUUCCAUUAUCGGAAGUGGCGUCAUUGGGAUACCAUUUGCAUUGAGAGAAGCAGGAUUCGGUUUGGGAUUGUUAAUGUUAAUCCUUGUCGCACUCGUUACUGAUUAUUCUCUUAUAUUAAUGAUAAAAUGCGGUUAUUUAUCUGGAAAUUUCACUUAUCAAGGCAUCAUGGAAUCUGCAUUUGGUAAACCUGGAUUCAUACUUUUAAGCAUUCUUCAAUUUGCUUAUCCGUUCAUUGCAAUGGUUUCUUACAACAUAGUCGUUGGUGAUACAAUGACAAAAGUAUUUGUAAGAAUGUUAAAAUUAGAUGGUAAUUCAUUUUUUUCACAAAGGGAAGUUGUAGUUUUUCUAGCCACGACUUUUAUCACACUCCCACUGUGUUUGUAUAAUGACGUCGUCAAAUUGACAAAAGUUUCCUUUUUCUCGCUCGUUUGCGAGGGUUUCAUACUAUUGGUAGUAAUGGCGGAAUUUUUCAUGCUUUAUUCCGUGGUGCCUAAAACGGAUGAUGCAUGGAAUUUUAUCAAUACAAAUUUAAUUCCAGCCGUUGGAGUCAUGACGUUCGCUUUCAUUUGUCAUCAUAAUACAUUUUUAAUAUUUGGAAGUAUAAAAGAUGUUAAUCAAAAAAAAUGGAAUCAAGUAACUCACAUAUCAAUGACGGUAUCAUUUUUAAUUGCAUUCGUUUUUGGAAUUGUUGGUUACGCGACGUUCACUGGAGUUUCACAGGGAGAUUUAUUAGAAAAUUAUUGUCCAGAUGAUGAUCUUAUAAGUGCUGCGAGAAUAUUUUUUGGAAUUUCCAUACUUUUAACGUAUCCGCUCGAUUGUUUUGUUGCAAGAGAAAUAAUAGGAUAUAGUUUUUUUGACGUUACUAACACUCUGACGAAAAAUCAACAUUUUUUCAUAACUUUUUUACUCGUUUUCAUAAGUUAUUUGAUUUCCGUUUCGACCGAUUGUCUUGGAAUCGUUCUGGAACUUAACGGUGUUUUAGUUGCCGUUCCCUUAGCUUACAUACUUCCGGCUCUUUGUUUUUUAAAACUGGAACCAUCAUCCCUCUUGUCUAAAAAUAAAUUAUCACCCAUAAUGUUGUUCUUGUUUGGAUUGGUCGUCGCUUUUCUCGGCAUUAUUUUUGUCGUAAAUAAUUACAAGACUUUGGGAAAUUGUAAACAUGGAGAAAUCAUGGAGUAUUGUAAGAAAAACACAACGACAUCCAUAACGUAA